AUGGCGAGGCUCACUCGAAGUCAGGCUGCUGCCGGGCAGAACACAGCAAAGCCCGUCCCGGCCGCACCACCGCCAAAGACCCGGAAGCGGCAGAGCGACACGUCUGAUGAGGACUCGCCGCCUGCCAAGCGUCACGCAGCAGCUUCGAAGCCCAGCACAAAAACCACAAAGCCAAAGCCAGCACCAAAGGUCAAAGCGGAACCAGAGCCCAAGGCUGAACCAGAGCCCAAGGCUGGACCAGGAAGCACUUCUCCAGAGCCCAAAGCUGCCCCGCCUGCCAAGCCCGUCAAGGUCGGUCUUCCUCUCUGCAGUCAACGGAACACCAGCUGCUGUUUGCUGUUGGCCAGAUGA